CAGGCCUGGGCGUGUGCUGAGAGCAGAGCUCCCCGAUGGGCUGGGCUGCCACAGGCUCUGCACUAAUCCCGGGUGACAGCCGUGUGGAGAGCUCAAGUGCAAAGACCGUCCUGUGCUUCUGUGAGAGGAGGAGGAGAAGGAAGACACAGCAAUCAGUGCUGCUCCCCAAAGCAGACCAAGGCCGGCCCGGAGCCGAGGACCCAGGGGACCUGCAGGGCUUUGCUCAGGGGCCAGCACCUACGAGGCCAAGAGGGCAGCUGAGGGGCCGAAGGGGCCUAAGGACUUCGUUGUCAGAAAUGUACCCCAACCAGGAGCAGGGCGUGCCCCAUGGUGAGGGGGUUCCCCGAGCACCAGCGGGCACUGUGGUGCCUCCGGAGCUGCUGGAAGAAAUGCUUUGGUUUUUUCGGGUAGAAGAUGCAUCUCCUUGGAAUAUUUCCAUCUUUGCCCUGGUGGGUGUGGUGGUCGUGAUAAGCAUGGUCCUCCUGGGAAGGAGCAUCAAGGCAAACAGAAAGCAAAAGAUGCUGCCCCGGGAAAAACAAACUCCAGAAGUCUUGGCUGAGGCCGGAACCAAAGACGACAACAACCUGAACAUCCUAAGGGAGACUUUGCUCUCAGAAAAGCUAACUUUGGCCGAGGGGGACAUUGAGCUAAAAGAGAGGAGUACGCCACCAGCCUUCCUUCCAGGCCCACAGGAAUCCGAGAGCCAGUGAGAGGGCAGGGCAGGGCCCCCGCACUAUGAGCAGAUUAAACCGGAAGAACGGCCAUCAAACUACAAUUCUGUUA